CCCCGCCCGGCGCCCCGCCCCCUGGCUCUGCAGGCGCCGAGAAAUGGACCAGUUGUGACAAGAUGUAGUGCUGCUCUUGUGUGCUGAUGGGAUCUGUCCAGUCAUGGCUUCCGAACUUUGUAAGGCGAUCUCUGUGGCUAGACUGGAAAAGCACAAGAAUUUGUUCCUAAAUUACAGGAACCUGCACCAUUUCCCAUUGGAGUUACUGAAAGAUGAGGGACUGCAGUACUUGGAGAGACUCUACAUGAAAAGGAACUCCCUUACAACCUUGCCAGAAAAUCUUGCUCAGAAGCUUCCAAACCUUGUGGAACUGUACCUUCAUUCAAAUAACAUAGUUGUGGUUCCAGAAGCUAUUGGGUCCCUUAUAAAACUCCAGUAUCUGGAUCUUAGUGACAAUGCCUUAGAAAUUGUUUGCCCAGAAAUUGGUCGUCUGAAAGCUUUACGUCAUCUUCGAUUAGCUAAUAACCAACUACAAUACCUACCUCCAGAGGUUGGCGAUUUGAAGGAGUUGCAGACCCUAGACAUUUCUACCAAUCGUUUGCUAACUUUACCUGAGAGGCUUCACCUGUGCCUUUCUCUGCAGUACCUAACUGUGGACCGAAAUCAUCUAUGGUGUGUACCACGUCAUCUCUGCCAGCUUCCCAGUCUCAAUGAACUCUCCAUGGCUGGAAACCGUCUUGCAUUUUUGCCACUUGAUUUAGGUCGAUCUCGAGAACUACAGUAUGUUUACGUGGACAACAACACUCACCUGAAAGGCUUGCCGUCCUAUUUGUACAAUAAAGUCAUUGGAUGCAGUGGCUGUGGCGCUCCCAUUCCAGUUCCCGAGGGGAAGCUACUUUCCUUUUCAUCUGGGCAACGUACCAUUGUCCUCCCAGCUGAGGUGAAGUCCAUCGGCACGGACAGGGAUCAAGUUCUGCCUCUGCAGGAGCUCGCCCUGAGGAGUCUGUAUCACACCUACCACGGCUUUCUAAAAGAUUUGAACUUUCUGUCUCCGAUCUCCUUACCCAGAAGUUUCCUGGAGCUGCUGCACUGCCCCCUGGGGCACUGUCACCGGUGCAGUGAGCCCAUGUUUACCAUUGUCUACCCCAAGCUCUUCCCCUUGAGAGAGACGCCGAUGGCAGGGCUGCACCAGGGGAGGACAAGUGUGAGUUUCGUGGCUUACUGCUGCUCCACCCGGUGUCUGCAGACCUUUGACUUACUGAGUUGAUGAGCACUCAGGAGCCCGCAGGGGCACUGCCACUCGGACACUGCUUGCUGACGCUGCACAGUGUGCGCAGGGAGGAGGCCAGGCCGGCAACCAGGUCUUCUCACCCGGCCCUACCAAGUGCAGGAGGCUGCAGAAUUCUCUGGAAUGUCCUGAUUGAGCUUCAGAGCUAAAAUGCCUUCGUCUUCUCAUCCGGCCCUACCAAGUGCAAGAGGCUGCAGAAUUCUCUGGAAUGUCCUGAUUGAGCUUCAGAGCUAAAAUGCCUUCGUCCUUUCCCUGAGUUGGAAUAUACCCCCCUGAAAUUCAGAA